CGUCACCAAGGCCCCCUAGAGUAAAGCAGCCAUUUCUUCCUAAGCCAACCAUAAGGACAGUAGCCUCGGGGCCUCCGGGCGGCGGUGGCGAUUUACCGGAAGAUCUCGCCACAACAUCUCACCGCAACCAGCAGCCAUGAGCAAUAAGGAAUGCUUCAAGUGUGGACGCUCUGGUCACUGGGCCCGGGGGUGCCCAAGAAAAGAAGCCCGAUCGCAAGGAAGUAGAGGCCGUGGCAGAGCCAUUCCGGGGACAUCCGCCAUGCAAGCUGACAUCUGUUACCGCUGUGGUGAAUCUGGUCAUCAUGCUAAAAACUGUGAUCGCCUCCAAGACAUCUGCUACAACUGUGGAAAAACUGGCCACAUCGCCAAAGAUUGUCUAGAGCCUAAACGCGAGAGAGAGCAGUACUGUUACACCUGCGGCCGACAGGGUCAUCUGGCUCGCGAUUGCACCCAUCUUGAAGAGCAGAAAUGCUACUCUUGCGGCGAAUUUGGACACUUCCAGAAGGAAUGCACCCAAGUCAAGUGCUACCGAUGUGGAGAGACCGGACACGUGGCCAUCAACUGUAAAAAGGCAAAGCAAGUCAACUGUUAUCGGUGCGGCGAGUUUGGACAUCUAGCCCGAGAGUGUGAUAACGAGAUGGCUUCCGAUUAACUUUUGUCCAACUUUUGUCCUACUUUUGUCCUUUGCGCCCCUUCCCCCUUCCAUCCCUUUUGCUGACUAAUAAUGGUAUUAUUUUCUCUGAAAUCCUUUCACUGACCAAGAAGUUGAUAGAUGUGGUUUAUCCUUGGGCUAGCCACCUUCAAUUACUAUGCUAAAGAAGGAAAAGGCUAGAAAGAAGAAAAAAAAACUUCAAGAAAUGUUACCAUAAGUAAUGUAUUACUUCUACACCAUGGUUGAAUCCAGUUGUUGGAUAGUCAUAGUCAUUGUGAGAACUAGACAGUUUCUGGGUUCUUGGGGUGUAUUUUGAUUUAACACCUUUAAUUAAGAGCCAUUGUAUGCCAGACUCUAAGGAAAGACUUGGAAAUGUGUCAGUGAACAAAUCAGAACAAGUUGGGGAAUACCAGCCUAGACCCUAUUAAUGAGUAAAGCGCAAAGUGUGUCAGAAAAAGCACAUCAAGCAAAAGGAUAGAUAUGGGGAAUGUGUAUGUGGAGGGGGAGAGAAGAAUAUGGUUCUCUUUUAAAAACUUAAGAACACCCUGAGGAAUGUUCCUCAGAGAUCCAUUUGUAGUGCAAAUAAAGCUGAUUCUAAAAGUC